UAGGGACAGGACAGUGGGGAGCAGUAUUGGGCGCUGGGGAGAGGAGCACCCUGGCAUACCUGUCUCAGCAUCGUUCCCUGCGCCCUCUUAUUGCUCUACCCUUUCCCUCCCCACUGUCUUCUUCCCGUUGUUCCUGUCUCUACCCCCAUUCCCUGUCUUUUCCUUCUGUCACUGACGAUAUCUUGUAUACUUCUGUCGUAUUCGUGGGCAUUGGAUUUUUCACGACAGCAAUUAGAGCUAAAAUUGGUAAAUCCUCUGUAUAGUAGAGCUCUGGCCAAGUGUAGGUAGUCUCAUGGUCUAUCCAAGGCUGUGAUCAAGUGUCUUGAUGUUUUUUGUCUUUUGGCCCGGAGAUGAAAACCUUGUCUUUGUUUGUGGGACCUUGAAAUGAAAAAAUUCUCUAAGUUAUAUCUCUUCCUUUCUCAAGCUCUGUGGCAUAAACUAAUUUUUCCAAGUAUCUGAGCAUAUUUUCUAUUGUAUUUCUAGGAGAUUCAGUUAGCUGAGAGUCAAGUACCCAUUUCUGUGUUAGUCAUGCGUUGCACAAAUGUAACAAAAAUAUAUUUGUAGGUGUAUUGCUUUCUGUUGCAGAAUGUUAAAUAUAAGACACAUACUAAGGAUAUACUUAAAACAGAAAUAAUGUAAUCCAUAAACUGAGGACAGCAGGACACUAACUUCUCACCAGGACAUAGCCCCAGACCUUGGCGGUGGAACCACCCUUUCCCCUGCCUUCCCAACCUAACCACCCCCAUCCUUGUGAAAUUUUAAAUAGUAUUGAAAAUCAUAAAUGAUUAGUGACGCCAUAGAAACCACACAAUGUCAACGAAAGGAUCCAGUAGAUUUGUUUCAUUCUGGGAACUUUGUAAAAAUAUGUGCCCCUAUGGUCCGAUAUUCAAAGUUGGCUUUCAGAACUUUGGUCAGGAAAUACGACUGUGAUUUGUGUUAUACACCAAUGAUAAUUGCUGCUGAUUUUGUCAGAUCUGUGAAAGCUAGAGACAGUGAAUUCACAACAAGCAAAGGUGAUCGCCCACUGAUUGUUCAGUUUGCUGCUAAUGAAGCACAGGUUUUAUCUGAUGCUGCCCGUAUCGUCUGUCCUUUUGCAGAUGGAAUAGACUUAAAUUGUGGCUGUCCUCAGAGAUGGGCAAUGGCGGAAGGUUAUGGUGCUUGUUUAAUAAAUAAACCAGAGCUGGUUCAAGAUAUGGUGAGACACGUAAGAAAUCAAGUAGAGAACCCCAGAUUUUCAGUAUCUAUUAAGAUAAGAAUCCAUGAUGAUCUAAAGAGAACUGUAGAUCUCUGUCGAAAAGCUGAAGCAACUGGAGUUUCCUGGAUUACAGUUCAUGGGAGAAAUGUAGAAGAACGACAUCAGCCAGUACACUAUGAUGCAAUUAAAAUAAUUAAACAAAAUCUGUCUAUACCUAUUGUAGCUAAUGGAGACGUUAAAACUUUAAAAGAUGCCGAGAAUAUUCAUCAUAUGACGGGGACAGAUGGUGUAAUGGUUGCUAGGGGGCUCUUAGCCAAUCCAGCCAUGUUUGCAGGAUAUGAAGAGACACCUCUGAAGUGCAUCCAGGACUGGGUUGACAUUGCUCUUGAACAUGGGACUCCUUUUACGUGCUUUCAUCAUCAUUUAAUGUACAUGAUGGAACGGAUAACUUCAAAACAGGAAAAAAGGGUUUUUAAUGUUUUAUCAAGCACCUCAGCGGUUCUGGACUACCUUAAUGACCACUACGGGGUGUAAUAGCUUUUAAAGUAUUUUAAUCAUGUGAAUAUUGCAUUUUAUAUUUUAGAGUUGUGGGUACUUUGUGAUAGUGAUAGGUUUCCCCACGCUUAUAUUUAUUAGUCAAAAUCACAGUGCAUUGGAAGAUCUCAUGCAGUGUAACAUUACUGGACAUUUCUGAACUGAUCAUAUUAUAUUUUUAUAUUAACAUUAUUUUCAACUCAGGAAACAUUCAUGACUUGAAAAUAGCUUUUAUAUAUAUGGCAACGCAUUACCAUACACAGAAUUGUGAUGCUGUAAGCAAAGUGUCUUAUGAGAAAAUAAAUUAUAUAUGCAGUACCCGAAUGCUUUCAAAGAUCACUCCCAAUGCUGCUACCCUUACUCAUGUGAGUAGAAGGGCCACACGAACAGGCUCAAAGGGUAUUAAACAGAAUUAUAUAGAAUUGUUCCUUUAAUUGAGAAAAGCUCAACUGAGAAGGCCAGCUAGUAUUUAUCUAAAGUGAAGAUUCAGUUUUUAUGUUUGGUUUUAAUUAUGUGGGCCCCUAAAUCACAGAAGAGAAAGGCUUCACACAACUGCCCCUCUUUAGGGUCAGAUGUCCCAUUUACUGCUCUGAAGGCCUGAAAUCCCUUAAACUGGCAUUGAACUUAGAGUUCCAGAUUUUCCUAGCCAAGUGGAAGAAAAUUAAUAUAUUAAUACAAUAAUAUAAUUAAUAUAAUAAAUAAUAUAAUAAACCUCCAUUAAUUUUCAAGUGGAAGAUAUGUCUAUUUAAUGUUAAGUGAUACUAUAAGUCCAGAAUGAAAUUGUUUUGGUAACUCAGGUCUCAGAUCGGACCUUGAAUCAGUGCUUGAAAUUAAGCAUGUGCUUGUUUUGUCCCCUUCACUUCAAAAUAGCACUUCACUUCUCUGCUUCAAGUUAUACAUGUGUUUAGGUACCUUGCAGACUUGGGGCACAAAAUUUAAAAAGAUUUGUUCAACAUGCACUAUGUACAGUAUAUGUUCCUAAGAUCAAGUGGGUAAGGUGAUAUCUUUUAUUGGACCAACUUCUCUUGGUGAGAGGUAAGAUUUUGAGCUUACACAGAGCUCUUCUUCAAGACUGGGAAAGGCACUCAGGCCAGGUCUA